AUUACCUAGCCCUAUGUGAGUUCACAAUCACAACUUAGGAUGGCGGACGAAGACGGAAACGGAUACGGUGCAACCGCCGCUAGAAGCUAUAGCCACCAAGACAAAAAAAAACAAAGAAGCAGGAGAUUCAAGCGACGUUUAGACUCAUUCAGGUUUCUACCUGACGAGAUCCUCCGAACUAUUCUCUCCUAUCUUCCGACCGAAAUCGCCAUCAAAACAUCCAUCUUGUCCAAAAGAUGGAGGCAUGUAUGGUCCGAUACACCUUGCCUCUACUUGGACUGGACUAAGCCAUAUGGACCCAAAGGUGAUAUUAUAAACAAAAUACUAGAUCGCUACAAGGCUCGCAAGAUGAUGAGUUUCAACCUCAAACCCAACAUGAGAGACGAUUUCCCUUACAUUGACAGAUGGAUCGAGUUCGCCAUGUCCCGAAACGUUGAGAAUAUGUCCUUGGAGUUCCGUUAUCAGAAGUAUCUUGUUCCUGACUUCUUUUACAUCAGUAACUCUCUCAAGCAACUCAGUCUUGAGUUGGACUUUUGUGGUUUAAAACCUCCCAGUUUCUCCGUCUCUUGGACAUCUCUGAAGACGUUGUCCUUACGUUGUUGCAAACUCUCUGAUGAAUGCAUUGAUAAGAUCCUAUCGGGCUGUCCGGUUCUCGAAAGCUUAACCCUUCACUUCUGCGAUAAACUGUUGGUUCUUGAUCUCAGCAAAUCGUUGAGUCUAAGAACAUUAGUAAUCGAUCGUAAUAUUUGGGUUCCGGGGCCUACGCGGAUUAUUGCACCGCAUAUCCAUUGUCUCAGUUUGAUUAACUCUCAGUUACCAUGUACUUUAGUUGAUGUCUCAUCUUUAAAAGAAGCUAGAAUGGAGAUUUGCUUUUGCGCAGUUGAAGAUCUGAAGGCUGAUUUUCUUCAGGCCAUGGUGCUAGAGAUGCUAAAGAAGUUGCAGCAUGUAGAUAAGCUUACUUUCGGCGAAAACUUUCUUACGGUUCUAACUCUUGCCGAGCUCCGCCGUGUUCCCAUUCCAAGCUUCAAAGUCAAAGAUUUGACACUUGAGACAAUGAUCUCUCAAUAUGCAAUUCCUGGUAUAGUCAGGGUGCUACAAAACUCACAUGAAUUGAAGAAGCUAUCAACAAUACAUAAAAUGGAGUUUGGCACCAUACCGGAGGAGUAUAUUGACGGGUACUUGGAUUUGCAAAGCUUGAAUCGGGAUCAGCGUUGGAGCUUGGAAGCGAGGGUCUUUGAGAAACUGAGUCAUUGGAAUGUAGAGUCGAGACACGUGGCUUCGUUCAUGGAACUUAUGUUUAAAAGAACAAAGACAUUAGAGAAGAUGGUCGUUUGGUUUUAUAGUUAUCUUAAAGAGCAAACUUUUGAAGAGUUGCCUGAGAUGGUUUCAAUGCUCGCUGACCAGAACAAUAUCUCCAUAGUGCUCCACCGAUUCAAGCCAAAUCACAUUGUUUAGUCUUGGAUCUUUUUUUUUAACCAAAGUA